UCGACGCGUCGCGUUCCUUUGCCGGCGCCUCUGGAUCCGGCGGCGUCUUCUGGCCGCCCUGAAGUCGCCACUUUGGCCGCUCUGGCACGCCUGGCGUUGGGUGGGCGGCAUCUCUGCGCCCACAUGAACCAGCAUUAUGGCCGACACGGUCGCGGUCGGGGCCGGGACUUUGCUGCCUGUGCCCCACCCAAGAAGAAGGGCAAAAACCACAUCCCCGAAAGGUGGAAAGACUAUCUCCCAGUUGGGCAACGGAUGCCUGGGACUCGUUUCAUUGCUUUCAAAGUUCCUUUGCAAAAAAAAUUUGAAGCAAAGCUUAUGCCAGAAGAAUGCUUUUCCCCUUUGGAUCUGUUUAAUAAAAUUCAAGAACAAAAUGAAGAACUUGGAUUGAUCAUCGAUUUAACAUAUACUCAGCGCUAUUAUAAAGUAGAGGAUUUACCAGAAACUAUUUCUUACAUAAAAAUUUUUACAGUUGGUCAUCAGAUACCCGAUAAUGACACUAUCUUUCAGUUCAAAUGUGCAGUUAAAGAGUUUUUAAAGAAAAAUAAAAACAAUGACAAACUUAUUGGUGUCCACUGCACCCAUGGCUUGAAUAGGACUGGCUACCUCAUUUGCAGAUAUUUGAUUGAUGUAGAAGGCAUGAGGCCAGAUGAUGCAAUUGAAUUGUUCAACAGCUGCCGGGGGCACUGCAUAGAAAGGCAGAACUACAUUGAAAACCUGCAGAAACGUCGUGUCAGAAAGAACCGGAAUGUUAGUGCACCCAGGUCAGGUGGCCUUGAAGACUUGGCAGAUCCUACAGAGCAAGUCCACACCACCAACAAACCUGUGAAAAAAAGAUCGAGGAAGAACCGGCAUGGUGGUCAUCUGGCAUCUUCCCAGCAUUUCCAUCCUCAGACCCAGAGCUCACCGUACUCAUUCAGAAAAUGGUCACAAAAUCAGAGUGUUUACCAGAGAGGCCUUGUCCCUCCUCCUGGUCCAGCUGGAGAGGACUAUUCACAAAGAAGAUUCUUCUGGAGUGCGAGGCCAAAUAAGAAGUGGAUUGCUGAUAGUUACCAGAGACCUUUCUACCCAUACUACUGGGAAUGGAACCUGUGAGGCACACUCUGGCUGGACUAUUGUCGGGCCACCUGAGAUCAGAGCUGGACAGAAGACAGCCGAAUGACUUUUAAUAAAAUCAGGUCAAAAGAAUUUAAAAAACUUUUUGAACAUUUUUAACUUUUUAAACUGUUGUACUAUUCCCUCAUAUAUGUUAGAGUGUAGGUGAAUCCCCUUGCUUUUUACCUCUGUGCUGGCGGACGCAGUGACUCCGGCAGUCCAGAACACCUCCAUUCCAGGCCUCAACUUUUCUCAGAGUUCUGAAUAGAUAACAAAUUCUAAAUUGC